AUGAAGGGACUCAUCAUCAGUGCUGCGCUCGUCAGCGGAGCCAUGGCCCAGGCCGGUCCCUACAUGCAGUGCGGCGGCAAGGGAUUCACCGGCCAGACGACCUGCGUGUCCGGUUACACGUGCACAGUCCAAAACGACUUCUACAGCCAGUGCGUCCAAGGAAGCGCUGGCGGCGUCCAAGCCGAGGCCCAGGCCACCACCCUGAGGACAUCAACAAGACGGUCUUGUAAGUCCAAACCGGCUCACGCCAGCGACGUCGCGCCGCAUGUCCCCACGACGACGAGCUCAUCUUCUUCGACCUCGGCUCCGGCUGUUGCCGUACCAUCCCCGAAGCCCGUUGACACCAAGCCAGCUUCGACGACGCCUACUCAUACCGCCCCCGUCGUCAUCCCUGCCAAGCCUUCCGCUGCUCCUGUCAAGCCCUCCGCUCCCGCGGUCAAGCCCUCCGCUCCUGCGGUGAAGCCUACCCCGACUGCUGCCAAGCCCUCGUCCACCUCUGCCGCCCCCAGCGCCACCAAGGCUCCUUCGUCUCCGGCUCCUGUUGCGUCCGCUCCUGCGACCCCCGGCAAGUCCGGAAAGUUCAAGUGGUUCGGUAUCAACCAGUCUGGUGCCGAGUUUGGUGCCGGUGCCCUUCCCGGUGUCUUGGGCCAAGACUACGUCUUCCCGGACCUGAACACCAUCACCACACUCAUGAACGAUGGAUACACGACCUUCCGUAUCAGCUACCUCAUGGAACGUCUCUCCCCUAGCGGCCUCACGGGCACGUUCGACGCCGCUUACCUCUCCGGCCUGACCAAGGUGGUCGACCACAUCACAUCCGCCGGCGGUUACGCCGUCCUCGAUGCCCACAACUACGGCCGUUUCGACAACAACAUCAUCACCGAUACCGCCGGAUUCAAGACGUACUUCACCCACCUGGCGACGCAAUUCAAGUCGUACCCCAACGUCAUCUAUGACACCAACAACGAGUACAACUCCAUGGACCAGGACCUCGUCCUGAAGCUCAACCAGGCUGCCAUUGACGGUAUCCGUGCCGUCGUCGAUAACUGGAUCUGGGUUGAGGGUAACUCCUGGACGGGUGCCCACAGCUGGACUACCGUCAACGACAACAUCAAGGGUCUGACGGAUCCUCUCAACAAGACCGCCAUCGAGAUGCACCAGUACCUCGACAACGAUAGCAGUGGUACCGCUGCCGAAUGCGUUUCCACCACCAUUGGCGUUGAGCGUGUCAAGGACGCCACCGCGUGGCUCCGUACGAACAAGAAGGUUGGUGUCCUCGGCGAAUUCGCCGGCGGCGCCAACGCCCAGUGCAAGGAGGCCGUCGCCAAUCUGCUCGACUUCCUCAAGGACAACAGCGACGUGUGGAUCGGAGCCAGCUUCUGGGCUGCCGGUCCUAUGUGGGGCUCGUACAUGUUCUCCUUUGAGCCCGAGACGGGCAUUGGAUACAACUACUACAACGAGCUCCUGAAGACAUACCAGUAG